CUGGAGCAGGGAGUCAGUCUGAGGCAGUGAGGGAAUCAGACCUUUGUAAACAGGGAGUUAGGCCAUAGUAGGCAGAGUUAGUAACAUGAUCCCAGCCCUUGCAGAAAGCAUCGUUCACUGUAAGCACUCACUGGUAGAGCAUCUUGUACAACCAAACAUCCUUUAGGAGCCGCGGACGAGUCAAGUGGACCCAUGUGCCCAAGCGAGUAGACAACCUCAGAGAUGUCUGCUGUCCGGAUCGUCAUCUGCACAGAUAACAAAACAUCGUAGCGUAAUACUACUCGUCCUGAGGAGGAUGCGGGGAGCCUCACCUGACCAUCUUGUACAACCUAUUCUCAACCUAUUCUCCUAGGUUGUGUUUUUUCGUUUUCGUUUUUUGUUUUUUUGGCCCGGAGUAACCAACCUCCGCCGAAUGCAAGGACUUCAGGGUUAACUGGAUCACUUGAAGACGUGAAGUGUGAAUUUGCAAUCCCCUGAGGUGCGGAGUCUGCAAGGGGAAUAUAUCUUCCUUCCUGACAUUGUCUUGGCUUGAAAAAAAAUAAGAAAUGAGUGAUUUCCAGGGACAAGUGUCCUUUGAGGACAUCACUGUGAACUUCACCCAAGAGGAGUGGCAGAGGCUGAAGCCCAACCAGAGAAAACUGUAUGAGGAUGUGAUGCUGGAGAACUACCGGAACCUGGUCUCCGUCUCCGCGGAAAAAGACCAGGAUGCUGAAAGACAGGUCAGGAGGCCUUUGCACGUGGAGGAGAGUCUCAAGAGAGGCAUGGUGUUAAUCCACAAGGAAUCACUGACUAAGCAAGAAGGCACCGAACACGAAGAAAAGUUCCUACUGAACAGUGUCGGUGCUCCUUCAGGAUUCGGGUUCUCAGAAUGUGACCUGAGUGGAAGACAUUUAAGCCAUAGUUUAGAUGUGAAGUGCUGUGUACGAGACAAUCUACAUGAAUAUCAGUUUGGAAAUUUAGAUGAUCUGUUUAAAUUUAUGAAGAUGAAGUUUGAAUGUCAGACCUGUGGAAAGCUGCUCAGUUCAAAGCUCCGCCUCGAGCGGCAUCUGAGGACCCAUAGCAGCGAGAGGUCUUUCAGAUGUGAGAAAUGUGGCAAAGCGUUCCGAAAGGGGUGGCACCUCAACAAACAUCGGAAAAUCCACGAAGAGAGAAAACUCUAUCACUGCGACGAGUGUGGAAAAACCUACAAGCAGAAGACAAAUCUCACUCAGCAUCAGAAGAUGCACACCAAAGAGAGACCCUAUAAAUGUGAGACAUGUGAGAAGACGUUUUUCUGGGUUUCUUCACUCAGUAAUCAUAAGAAAAUCCACAAGGAGGAGAAAGGUUAUGAGUGUAAUGUAUGUGGCAAAUCCUUCAAACAAAGCUCAACCUUCAGUCAACACAAACACAUUCACUUGCAACACAGACGUUACAGAUGCAAGGACUGCACAAAAGCUUUCAUUUGCAAGGCGUCUCUCGUGAAACACCAGAGGAUACACACGGGCGAGAAGCCCUACAGAUGCAGGAUAUGUGAGAAGGCUUUUUCCCAGAGAGCAAAUGCCGUGGAUCACGAGAAAAUCCAUGCUGGGGUGAGGGCUUAUGAGUGUGAUCUAUGUGGCAAGUCCUUUGUGCAGAAGAGUAACCUUGCUCAGCAUAAGAAAACGCACACAGGGACGAAGCAGCACGAAUGUGAUCGGUGUGGGAAAGCUUUCUUCCUGAAGUCCAACCUCCAAGUGCAUCAGAAAAUUCACACUGGAGAGAGAGCCUACACGUGUAAUGAAUGCGAGAAGUCCUUCCGCCGGAAAAUACACCUCGAGGUGCAUGCAAAAACCCAUGCUGAAAAGAAACUUUACAGAAGUUCUGAGUGUAGAAAAGCCCUCACCGACAAGUCAUGCCUUUUUAGACACCAGGAAAGAAUUCACAAAAGAUAGGAACAUUAUACAUUUAAAAAAUAUCUGAAGGGGCCAGGAAUGUUGGCGCACGCCUUUUUUAAUCCCAGCACUGGGGAGACAGAGGUAGGAGGAUCACUAUGAGUUUGAGGCUAGUCUGGGACUAUAGAGUGAGUGCCAGUUCAGCUUGGGCGAGAGUGAGACCUUACCUUGAAAAAACAAAAUAAAACAAAAAAAUCCCUCAUGUAUAGGGUAGUGUGGAAGAGCCAUCUAAAACCUCACAGCCCAGUGUGCUCUAUAAUUUGCAGGACAGGGAGGACUUGGCUCUCACUACCCUUUGAAAGUUAGUUUAAGUUGUUCAGAACUACUUGUCUGGUUGUUUUGUUAUGCUUGAGAUCAGGAGUCUCCUUAUGUUGCCCAGGGUGGGCUUGAACUCCUGGGCUGAAGCGACCCGUCUGCUUUAGUGUCUUGGGAAACUGUUUUCCCCUGGGGAGCUGUCAGCACGCGUCUCCUCUACCCCAGCCAGGAAGGGCUCGCACGGCCGACCAAGGUGCCAUUACACCCAUUCCAGUUUGUGAACUACGGGUUUAUUGGGGUUACUUACAGGAACAUAGAGCCCCCAAAAUGGCUGGGGUUUUUUGUUUGUUUGUUGUUGUUGUUGGUUUUUCCCAGGUAGGGUCUCACUCUAGCCCAGGCUAACCUGGAAUUCAUUAUAUAUUCUCAAGGUGGCCUCAAACUCACGGCAGUCCUACCUCUGCCUCCCAAGUGCCGGGAUUAAAGGUGUGCGCCACCACACCCAGCCAGAAUGCUGUCUUGAUGGGGCUCCCUGCGUCAGCAUUAUUCCUCAGAUGCACCUCCCUGUGACAGGAUGAGGACUUCGUUACCCAGCAUGGGGACCGCAGAGCAGCCACGCCUCUGAGAAGUCUCACCCUGUCCUGGAUGACGACUUCCUUGUGGCUGCUUCAAGGAGCCCCUUGCCUCUGGCCGGGAGUAUGAGACCACACAGCAGCGCUUCAGCUCACUGGGUGGGGUUUCCCCUUAAGAAGCUCCUCCCUCAGCCUGUGGUGAGAGCUUACAGAGCAUGGAGACCCCAAAGAGGCUGGUUCUGUGGAGUUCAUUAUCCCUUGAUCUUUCACCCUCUGUCUACUCUACCUACCCCUGAGGCCAUGAGAAUUCAUGCAUCAUUGCAUAAACCUGGCACGGGGGUGCCUGAUAUCUCAGGUAGGGGUCUGAUGACCCUCCCCAUGCCUUUCCUUGUGACUUGUCCCAGCUGCUUUUAAAAAAUACAUAUUUAAAAAAAAUACAUAUUUUGAG